CUUCCGCUUCCGGGAUUCCCUUCCUUUUCCCAUCAUGGUGGAUGAGGCGACUCGCCGGGUGGUGUCGGAGAUUCCUCUCCUGAAAACCAACGCCAGCCCGCGGGACAAGGAGCUGUGGGUGCAGCGGCUGAAGGAGGAGUACCAGGCGCUCAUAAAGUAUGUGGAAAAUAACAAGAGGGCCGACAAUGACUGGUUCCGCCUGGAGUCCAACAAGGAGGGCACCCGGUGGUUUGGGAAAUGCUGGUACAUCCACGAGCUCCUCAAGUACGAAUUUGAUGUCGAGUUUGAUAUCCCGGUCACGUAUCCCUCCACAGCGCCAGAAAUCGCCAUUCCGGAAUUAGAUGGAAAGACAGCAAAAAUGUACAGGGGAGGUAAGAUCUGUCUGACGGAGCACUUCAAGCCGCUCUGGGCGCGGAACGUUCCUAAGUUUGGGCUGGCGCACCUCAUCGCCCUGGGGCUGGGGCCGUGGAUGGCGGUGGAGAUUCCCGAUCUCAUCAGUAAAGGACUGAUCAAACACAAAGACAACUGAUGUCUACCAUGAAGAGAUGGGGGAGGGGGCGACCACCCGAUCACCAAGGAUCCCCCGCUCCAUCACCCCUCCCCCUCCCCGGACUCUCGUAUAACAUAAUAUUGGUUUCCAUCUUUUUACCCUGAACCAUUACACAACAUUAUAAUAAAAUCUUCAACAACGUACA